AUGACAGAUGGAGAUAAUAAAUUAUAUGAAAAUGGAAUAGGAGAUGCCUGGGACAGUUUUCAUAACUGGUUAUAUUGUAUAUGUGUAGUAACAUUUGAUUUAGAAUUAGGACAAGCUCUUGAGAAUGUUUUUCCCAGACACAUUAAUCUUACAAAACAGGAAAUCUCAAAUGUCUGUUACUUAGCAUUUCCAGACUCAAAUUCAGGAUGCAUGGGAGACACCAAUUUUAUUAUAAGGCUCCAGAAUAAUCAGGGUUCGAAAAAUCUUAGAAAUGAGCAUCAUAACUACAAUGCCAAAUGUCCUACUGCCUUGCAGGUAGACAGAUCCUACUAUUGGGGGUAUGUGUAUUUCAGACAAGUAAAAGAUGUUAGUUUACCAAGAGGAUAUUUCCAAAAGAGUGUUGUUAUUCUUUCUUUCCUUCCAUUCAACAAUCUAUUCAGCAAAUUAUGCAGUUUCAUAGCUCCUGAAUACUUUGACAAUGGUGAUGUCACUCUAGAAGCAGUUUGUUACAAUAUUGAGAGGUGGCCACCACCAAGACCUGGAUCUACAUUAAACUUGCCAUUAUUAGGAUCUGUUUUUCAGACAUAUAUUCCAUUAUCUACUUCAGCUAAUUCAACAUUGGCCUUACUUAGUGAACCUGGAGAUAACCAAAUUCAGACUAAUGUUGAAGAUUUAAAUUUGUUUGAAAUACUCCAGCCUGUGUUGUCUUAUAUACACUUACUAUGGGAACUGGUCAUAGUUUCUGAACCUAUAGUUGUAAUGGCCUCAUCACCAACACAUUGCUCGUCAAUGGUAUUAGCAUUAACAAGACUGAUAUGUCCCCUACAAUACUGUGGUGAUUAUCGCCCAUAUUUUACAAUACAUGACAGUGAAUUUAAACAAUUUACCAGUAAAAGUCAAGGACCACCUCCUGUCAUCCUAGGAGUGACAAAUCCAUUUUUUGGAAAAACCCUACACCAUUGGCCACAUACCAUACAUUUAAGUGAUGAUAUAGGUCAAGCUCAAAAAUAUAAACUCAAGAAAACUGCUCCAACAAAAAUGAUUGACAAUAGCCCCGGUGUUUUCACGGCGUAUAAGCCCUUCCUUCAAAAAGACAAAAAUAUAAUUAAGAAGCUUUUGAGUGGAGUAACCUCCAAGAGGCCGUUUGAAGUACAAUCGGCUAUACUAAGGAGACAUUUAUUAGAACUGACACAAAGUUUUAUGAUUCCUUUAGAGAGGUAUAUAGCAAGUUUAAUGCCUCUGCAGAAAAGUAUUCAUCCAUUUAAGGCGCCUCCCUCACCAUUACCGUUUAACCCUGACAGCUUUUUCGCAACUUUAGAAGCAGCUGGACCUCAAUUAACGUUAAAUAAUACCGGCAUUAGAGGAGACUGGGUAGGGUUGUAUAAGAAGUUUUUUAGGUCGCCAAAUUUCACAGCAUGGUUUAAUACUAGAUAUAAAGAGCUAACUAUGAAACUGCAAGCUUUGCAAACUGAAGCAUUAUCCAAUGCCGACAUGAAAUUGUGGGCUCAAGAUCGUCCAGAGGUGGAAAUCGUCGAUAUGGUGUUGAAGAUCCAGAGCAAGAUACAAAAGUGCGAUCAGCGCGACAUUCCUGUGGAUUCGGCCAUCAAAGAGAAGCUAAAUCAUCGCUUAAGUGAAAUAACAUCUGGACUUCCAGAUGAUUUGAAAAAUAUACUACAUGUUUCAUGA